AUGGGGGUCCUACUGAAUAUGUUUGGUCAAGGCAUGGUGCUGAGUUAUCCUUCUGUACUCUUGCCAGCGCUUUUGUCUCCCAACUCCAUCAUUAAAACUGAAUUUCAUGAGGCUUCAUGGGUUGGAUCGUGUAUUGGCUUCGCGGGGAUACCUGGAUUUCUGUCGUCUUCUUUUCUAAUGGAAAUGUAUGGAAGAAAGAAAGCUCAUGUGGCUGUGUUGAUACCUGGGAUAGUCGGUUGGCUGAUAAUUUACUUUGCCACAAGUAUACCGGUUCUGCUGUGCGGUAGAUGUUUAUGUGGAUUUGCUGCAGCAGCUACAGUAUCUCUCGGAGCUAUUGUGAUAGGAGAAUAUACUAGUCCCAAAAAUAGAGGAAUGUUCCUUAAUUUGAAGACAGCAGCUGUGUGUUUAGGCAAUUCGGCCGUCCAUAUUUUUGCUCACUUUUUUAACUGGAAAACAAUAGCUCUCAUAGCUGUUGUUCCUCAUAUGUUAUCACUGAUUAUAAUCUUUACAUGGCCUGAAAGUCCGUCUUGGCUUGCGUCCAAGCGACGAUUUGAAGAAAGUCAAAAGUCAUUCUAUUGGUUGCGAGGGAACGAUAAGAGAGCUAUCCUAGAAAUGGAAGACUUACUUAGAGCACAAAAAGAGAAAUUGUCGCAAUAUCCUGAACACGUGAAUAACUCUAACUUAAUUAUGGACUUUAUACGUAAAUUUAAAGAAAGAAGUUUUGUGAAACCACUCAUUAUAGUCUGUUUCGCUGGACUUUUACUGGAAUCCUGUGGAAGACACAUUUUCCCAGCAUUCGCUACGCAAAUAAUUGGAGAAAUUACCUCAGAUAAAUCUCAAUCUUUCUACUAUACUUUGGGUAUAGAUAUAAUCAUCACAGCGAGUGCUUUAUUCUCAUCAUUCCUCGUGAAAAUCAUGAAAAGGAGAACACUUCUCUUGGGCAGUGGUUUUAUAGCACUAUUUAUUUUGUUUUGUGUGUGUUUGUAUAUGCUACUAUCAGCCAAAGGAAUUGUUUCGAAUGAAAGGACUUGGAUUCCUAUUUUAUUAUUUACUGUGUAUUUCAUUGUUUCUAAUUUAGGAUGUACACCGAUUCCGUUGGCAUUGUUGGGUGAAAUAUUCCCUCUUGCUCACAGAGGAGCUGGUUCUUGCGUCUCCGGUUUUAUUUUGUGCGUUUAUCUUAUGAUAGCCAUGCAAGCCACUCCAUAUCUGUUAGUUACUGUGCAAGUUUACGGCACUUUUGCAGUUUUUGGUACUUUAAUGGGGAUGUCGCUGAUCGGUCUAUAUGUAACUCUUCCUGAGACCAAAGACAGAACGUUGCAACAGAUUGAAGACUACUUCCAAACUGGAAAGUUCAGAAAUGAGAACCUUGGAAUAGAUGAAGUCAAUAUGAAAAUGCUUCAAUCAUAG